AGUCAAAACCGAAACCGUUAAAUGGCGGCACGUCAUAUGAGAGCGUGUAUGAGAGAGAUUCUUGCGGCGUCUCUCGGGACUCAAAGAGAUGUUGACUAGCACCGUUUCAUAUCAUAGCAGUUAUGGUCUGAAUUCACGAGCCUAAAACUUGAUGAGUUUCGCGUUGUUCAGAGACGGCGCUUCCCGGAUGAAAUGAACGCUGACCCAGAAACUUCGAAGUGGAAACCGGCGCACUCCCGACUGAUGGCUAUCCUGAACAGCAUUCAAGCGCAGGUCGAUGCAGAGCGGCGGUUGGUGGACACCAUGAACGAGUUUUACCGACAGUUCAUCUCUGUGCCUACUGCCGCAGAAGAAACAAAAGAAAACCAAGCCAGCACUCCCCAAAUGGACAUAACGCAAGCCAAGCAAAAACUUGGAGACUUCCUGGAGAAGGCUAACACUGUUCUAGCCAAAGCAAAACAGCUGAGGCAUGGAGACAGUGGAGACUGCACCAGUAAAAAUGAAAGACAUUCGACGAAAAUCAAAAGUGCCUCCACCAUGGCAUCAAAGAAAAUUGAUGACCGCCAGCAUGAUAAGCCCCAAGCUGCAGCAAGGACGGCUGCACCGAAGCAGACGCCGCGUUCGCGGAGUCGUUCGGUCGUCACGGUGAGGAAGGUGAGCAUCAUCAGAGACCAGCCGCGCUCGACAUCCCAGUCACGAUGCCAGAGACAGCGACGAGCAGUCAGUCCUUCAAAGAAAAGCGACACGGUCGCAUACAGAGAAAUGCUGAGCGUUCCUGAGGUUCGAGCACAACUGCGCGAGUUCUCCGCCCUAGUUGACGAAGCACGGAAAUGCGCUGCGAAGGAGACCGAUUGCCCAGAGCGACAACAGUUCCUGUCGGUGUACGACGCUGAGGAAGCUGCUGCUGACAAUGAUGAAUCAAGUAAAAGUGAAUCGUUCUCAAUGCUGACCUCGCCGGCGUUUCCAUCGCGGGAGGAGUUCCGAAGGGAGUUUCGCACCUACAUUGAGAAGAAACGCGCUGCCUUGGACAAGUGCAUUCUGGACUUCUGUGCCGAGAGUAUUUUGCCACUUCUGGAAAGCACGCCUUGCCCAAACCAGGAAUACACUGCCGUUGUGCAGACCUUUUAUGGGAUCAUCUGCAAUAAGGGACGUCGUUUUCCUGCAUUUGUCGACUGUGAACCAUGACAGUGCUUCCUGUGUUCAUUGCUCAUGCCUGCAAAGUGUUCAACCAAUGGCAUUGAACAGUUCUCGUGCAUUUUUAGGACUGCAUUUAUUGAUGGUCGAAUCUCUUUUGUACUGAAGCUGCAAAUAAAUUAAGUGCUUAAAGCCCAA